AUGUCCGGCCAAUCUUUCGACACCUCGCGCUGGACCUCCCGCAAAGUCCUAAUCGCCGGAAUUCCCUCCACCCCCUCCGAAGUCCUCAUUGCCUACACCUCCUGCCCUCCCCCUCCCUCUGUCACACAAAAGGGUACAAUUAUCCUCAUCCACGGAUUUCCACAAACGUCUUAUCAGUUUCGACAUGUCAUUGGUCCGUUGAGCGAGGCGGGGUAUUUUGUUGUUGCGCCGGAUUAUAGGGGCGCGGGUGAUUCGAGUAAGCCGCGGGAUGGUUACGAGAAGAGCAGGAUGGCCGAGGAUAUCUAUGAGCUCGUUACCAAGAACUUGGGGAUCAAGGAGAAAGUGCAUAUAGUGGGCCACGAUAUCGGUGGAAUGGUAGCACACGCGUACGCUACCCGCUUCGCUGAACAUACCGCCUCUGUCACAGUCGGCGAGUUUCCGUUACCAGGGACGAAGACGUAUGAGGAGGCGAUUAGGAAUGAACCUGCGUUGUGGCAUUUCCAUUUCCAUUGGCAGACUGAUUUACCGGAGUUGCUGACGCAGGGACGGGAGAGGCAGUAUAUCAAGCACUUUUACGACCGUCUCGGGGUUAACUCCCGUGCUAUUAGCCCGACUGAUGUUGAUGUCUACGCGGGGAUGUUCGAGAAAGCUGGUGCGAUGAGGGCUGGGUUCGACGUCUAUCGUGCUUUCCAUAAGGAUGCGGAGGAGAACAAGGCGUGGUUGAAGGAGAAUGGGAAGUGUACCGUUCCGUGUAUGUCAUUGUGUGGAGGUGAGAGUGGGUUGGCGGAAAUUGCGCCGAAGGAGUUUGAGGAGGUUUAUGAGGGGUUUGAGGUGGCGACUGUGGAGGGGAGUGGGCAUUGGUGUGCGGAGGAGAAUCCGCAGGAUUUCGUGAAGAAGCAUUCAUCCAAUACUUGA